AUGGCCGGCAUGAUGUCGAAACGAAGCGUUUUCACAACGGUAACGCCGUUGCCUCCCUAUCUUACCCGCGAGACCGUUAUCGAAACUCUUCAUCAACACUCGGACAUGAUCCAGCUUAACCCACUUGUCAUCAAACAUGAGCGGUGCAAUCCUCCUCCAAACGCUCCCGCGGACGAAUUUCAUUGCAUCUGGUAUGAAUUGAUGGACAAAAUACACUAUCUGCCGGGAGGCAUGCUCAGCGGGCACGUUUCGUAUAAAGCCUGUUUUUACGAUUUGCCUCGAGGCCUACAGACCCACGUUUAUGCUCCGACGGGGUUAGAUAUCAAAGAUAAAUGGAGUAUCUGUGGAAAUAUGCCUGGUGAACCGCGAGAGCCCGUCGAAUUAGGCCUGACAGACGCACCACGCGAAGGGCUUUAUCUUCGAGAGGACGUUGAUAUGCGAUGCAAUAUAUUCGUGACAAGUUUCGUGAAGAAGACUUUGAGGAAAGCUCACGCCGUCCUCGUUGAACGACUAGUCGUUAAAGCGGAUAUAUUAAAGCAACGGUCAGACUAUGCGAGUUCAGUUCGACACAGCCUCCUCGCUUAUCCACCGACGGAGACAGAUUCGUAUCGCAGUAGUUGGCAGUCACCGACAUCCCCUGGUUUUCGAGUAGCGAGCCCUGAUGUGACUUCGCAAAUUUCACCCUCCUCCAUUUCCCCAACCGAACUGCAUUUCCAAGGACGGGGUUCUAGCCUUGUUCUCGACCCGGCGCAAACGGGUCCCUUCCCUCCUACGCAAUAUAGCAAACCCACCAAACCCAACGAACAUAUAUAUGAAAUCGAUGGGGCUCCCGUUCAGCUUCCUGAAAUCACGGUUGAGCAAGUUGAUGACAACGCUCAAAAUGAGCUUCCGGCAAGCUCCGUAAAACGAAAGCCAACUGCUUCACAACCGGGUCAAGCGGAAUUAGCGUAG